AUGGGUCUCACAUUCUCGAAGCUUUUCGAUAAGCUAUGGGGAAAGAAGGAGAUGCGCAUUCUGAUGGUGGGCUUGGACGCUGCCGGAAAGACCACAAUUCUGUACAAGCUCAAGCUUGGUGAAAUCGUCACUACCAUCCCCACUAUUGGGUUCAACGUCGAGACAGUCGAGUACAAGAACAUUCAGUUCACUGUGUGGGAUGUCGGAGGUCAGGACAAGAUCCGACCUCUGUGGAGGCAUUACUUCCAGAACACCCAGGGUAUCAUCUUCGUUGUUGACAGCAACGAUCGCGAUCGUGUUGUUGAGGCCCGCGAGGAGCUCCAGCGCAUGCUGAACGAGGAUGAGCUUAGGGACGCUCUUCUCCUGGUCUUUGCGAACAAGCAGGAUUUGCCCAACGCCAUGAACGCUGCCGAGAUUACUGACAAGCUUGGUCUGCACAGCCUCCGACAACGUGCUUGGUACAUCCAGUCGACUUGCGCCACCUCGGGUGACGGUCUGUACGAGGGUCUCGAAUGGUUGAGCAACUCUCUCCGCAAGGCUGGCCACAACUAA